AGAGGGAGCCACCAGGCGGUCCUCCAAACCUGUCUCACCAACUCGCAUCUAGAAGGAAAUUAGGGUGAGUUUGUGUGUGUGUGGGAGAGUGAGAGUCAAAACGCUAUAAAACUGCGUCAAAAGUGCUCUUCAAGAGGCCGGCUUCAAUGUUCCUUCCACCCACCCACUCCUUUUAAUUCCCCAUUUACAAAUGGGAAGGUCUCCCUGCUGUGAGAAAGCUCACACUAACAAAGGUGCAUGGACCAAGGAAGAAGACGACCGUCUCAUCGCUUACAUCCGAUCCCACGGUGAAGGUUGUUGGCGUUCCCUCCCAAAAGCCGCUGGCCUCCUCCGCUGCGGCAAAAGUUGCAGGCUUCGCUGGAUCAACUACUUAAGACCCGACCUCAAACGCGGCAAUUUUACCGAAGAAGAAGAUGAACUCAUUAUCAAGCUCCAUAGCCUUCUCGGAAACAAGUGGUCUUUAAUAGCUGGGAGAUUACCCGGAAGAACAGAUAAUGAGAUAAAGAAUUACUGGAACACGCAUAUUAGAAGGAAACUGUUGAACAGAGGGAUCGAUCCAGCAACUCACCGCCCACUCAAUGACUCGGUUGUUCAUCAGGACGUGUCAUCAACAAUAUCUUUCAAUGGUGUUAAGCAAGAGAAAACUGACAUCAUUAAUAGUAAUCCCAGCAAAGAAGAACGAUGCCCAGACUUGAAUUUGGACCUGGGAAUCAGCCUGCAGCCUGCAGAUUCAUUCAAAACUGGAGCCAAAACCCUUUGCUUCUUUUGUAGUUUGGGGGUGAAAAACAGCAAAGAAUGCACUUGCACCAUUGAUGCUGCUUCUGCUAGCAGCAGUGGCAACAACAACAGCAGCAACAGUGGCUAUGAUUUCUUGGGCUUGAAAACCGGUUUCUUGGAUUUCAGAAGUUUGGAAAUGAAAUGAGUCAAAGGAAAACUGGAUUUUAUUUUAUCUUUUACUAUUUUAACCUUGUAGCUUGAGGAUAAAUGGAGAGAUUUUAUUUAGUUCUGAAUAUCACUU